AUGAUAGUAGCUUCCAGCUUCCUAAAAUCUGACAAGAACCGGAUAGGGAGCAGUUACAAGAAAACCAUUUACAAGGAAUACAGAGAUGGCUCAUACAUGGAUGAAAUGGUCCAGCCAGCUUGGUUGGGUUUUUUGGGACCAGUGUUGCAGGCUGAGGUGGGAGAUGUCAUCCUUAUCCACCUGAAGAAUUUUGCCUCUCGCCCCUACACCAUACACCCCCAUGGUGUUUUCUAUGAAAAGGACUCAGAAGGCUCUUUAUACCCAGAUGGCUCCUCUGGUCGGCUAAAAGCUGAUGACUCUGUUCCUCCGGGAGGCAGCCACAUUUACAACUGGACCAUUCCAGAAGGCCAUGCACCCACUGAUGCUGACCCAGCAUGCCUCACCUGGAUCUACCAUUCUCAUGUAGAUGCUCCACGAGACAUUGCAACUGGCCUCAUUGGACCCCUUAUCACAUGUAAAAGAGGUACUCUAGAUGAGAAUUCCCCUCCACAGCGGAAGGAUGUGGAUAAUGAUUUCUUCCUGUUCUUCAGUGUGGUAGAUGAGAACCUUAGCUGGCAUAUUGAUGAGAACAUUGUCACUUACUGCUCAGAUCCUACCUCAGUAGACAAAGAAGAUGCAGCCUUUCAGGAAAGCAAUAGGAUGCAUGCAAUCAAUGGCUUUGUCUUUGGGAACUUACCAGAUCUAAGCAUGUGUUCACAGAAGCGUGUGGCAUGGCACUUAUUUGGCAUGGGCAAUGAAGUAGAUGUUCACACAGCUUUCUUCCACGGGCAGAUACUGACCAUCCGGGGCCACCGCACUGAUGUGGCUCACAUCUUUCCAGCCACCUUUGUGACUGCUGAGAUGGUGCCUCAGGAACCUGGCACAUGGUUGAUUAGUUGUCAAGUGAACAGUCACUUGCAAGAUGGCAUGCAAGCACUCUACAAGGUCAAAUCUUGCUCCACGACCCCUCCUAUGAACCAACUCACAGGCAAAGUUCGGCAGUACUUCAUUGAGGCCCAUGAGAUUCUAUGGAACUAUGGCCCAAUGGGGCAUGAUGGGAGUACUGGGAAGAAUUUGAGGGAACCGGGCAGUGGCUCAGAUAAAUUCUUCCAGAAGAGUUCCAGUCGGAUUGGGGGCACUUACUGGAAAGUCCGAUAUGAAGCCUUCCAAGAUGAGACAUUCCAGGAAAAAGUGGAGCUGGAGGAAAAUAAGCAUCUUGGAAUCCUGGGUGAGGAAUCUUUAACUUAUGAAAUUCAUUGA